AUGGCUUCCGGCUGGCUUCGCGGGCUUGCAGGCAGGCCUCUUCAACGAGAGCGCCGGAAGGCAGCUCGGAGCAUACUGGCCCGGGCAAGCGGAGGACUUUGGAAGGGCAUAGCGUGCUUGUGGCAGUCGCUGCCUACUGAUGUGCUGCCGGCUCUUUCGGUUUCCGCAGCCGGCUCCCGCACUUGCGCCGUGGACCGGGAGACCGGCGCAUUGAUCUGCUGGGAGGAAACAGAUGCCUCGGAAUACGACGUGCCUUCAGAGUUGGGCCCCGUGCUGUCUGUGUCUGCAGGUACAGGCCACUUCUGCACCCUCACAGCACUUGGGCAAGUGCUUUGUUUUGGCGCCAAUGAUCAUCUUCAGUGCAGUGUGCCGGCAGACCUGGGCAAGGUGGUGUCAGUAGCCGUUGGUGACCUCCAUACCUGCGUGGUUCGACACACUGGGCAACUUGUAUGCUUUGGGUGGAACGGGUGCGGCCAGUGCGACGUGCCCAAAGGUCUCGGAUCGGUCGUAUCUGUCUCAGCUGGAGCUCAGCAUACCUGCGCGGUGACAUCGACAGGAAAGCUGGUGUGUUUCGGCGGGACUGACGAGGUAGGCCAAUGCCGUAUUCCACCUGAUCUAGGUCCAGUUACCUUCGUGUCUGCGUCUGGACUCCACACGUGUGCUCUUGCAGCCGACUUGAGGUUGAAAUGCUUCGGAUGGAACGGCCAUGGUCAGUGCAACGUGCCUGCGGAUUUAGGGCCUGUCGCAGUUGUUGCCGCAGGUGGGCUGCACACUUGUGCUAUCACGGUCCGUGCGCGGUUGGUAUGCUUCGGGUGGAACGAAUAUGGCCAGUGUGAUGUCCCGGAAGAUUUAGGACCAGUGGUCUCUGUGGCGGCGGGUGGUGGACAUACUUGUGCUUUGACUGUCAGCGGGCAACUGGUCUGCUUCGGCCUGGCACCUCAGGUGGCUACCAAGUCCAAGGGCGUGGAGAGCUUGUCCACGGCCAGGGCAGAUGCGCAGUUGGACCUGGCACAAGCCAUGGAGGACCAUGAUGAGUCGCGUCUUCGGCGGGCACUGGCUGUGGCGGAGAACUUAGAAGUGGCGCCGGAGGAGAUUGCCGCGGCGCGGCGCAUGCUUGAGUUCGAGGUCAACAAAGUCCUUCUGGCGGACGCCAAGCAGAUGCGCUCCUCCAUCCGCCAGCUCGCCCAGCGCGUGGCGCAGGCGGAGCUCCGAAAGCCUGAGGUCCAGGCCCCUGCAGCUCCCCCACGGUUCUCCAAACUUGCGGAGCUGCUGGAGAAGCGUGUUUGGAGCAGUCUCGAGCCCAAGAUUUCGAGUAUUGUCUCCAGUGCAGUGGCGAAAGCGACCGCUCGCAUGGACAAAGCCGAGGGGAGCGGGAGACCCUCUCCUGCUGUAACCUUUGAAGACAUCGACACCGACAAGGAUGGCUUCAUCUCCCGUGAGGAGUUCGCAGCCGCGCAGAAGAAAGGCUUGCUCUCUUCGGGGCCGUUGUGCCCAAAGCCGGCAACUGCGCCUCCGUGUGCCGCGCCCGCCCCUUCACCUCCGGCACAGGAGGUCAGCCACAGGUCGAUCGUCCGACAGGCCCUCUUCACAGCCAUGCAGGGCGCGGCCAAACGCCUCGUGGAGAAGAAGGAGUUUGGAGAGUUGGACACCGACGGUGAUGGCAUCGUCUCACAGAAAGAGCUCGACUCUGCCCUUGUGGACAUGAAUGUUGAAGGCACGGACGCAGAGCAAGCAAAGCAGGAGAUACUGCAGCAUGUGGACAAGGACGGUGAUGGCAUCAUCUCGCGCGCCGAAUUUCAAAGUGCAAAAGCCGACGUUUCAAAGGAGUCUGCUCAGACCGAUGCCGCCAAUGAGCAGUCCGAGAAGAAGCUGGUUGUCCGGAGCAUCCUAAGCAGCAGCUACUCCGAUGCCGCCAAGCGGCUAUUGCAGGCAAAAAACUUCCAGCAGAUGGACCAGGACGGGGAUGGCAGGGUCACCGAGCAGGAGGUCAGCGCGGCGCUUGCGAGCAUGGAAGUGCACGGGCAGGAGGCCGUGCAGGCAACAGCUGAGCUGAUGCAGCAAGUCGACAAGGACGGCGACGGCACGAUCUCCCAGGAAGAACUGAAGCAGGCCAAGGCGGAGGCUGCAGAGCCCACACCAUCGUCCGAGCCGCAGUCGCUGACGAGAAGUGUGCUGGCCUUGACCUACUCAGAUAUUGCCAAACGGCUUCUGGAAGAGAAGACUUUCAAGGAGCUAGACAAGGAUGGCGAUGGAGCUGUUACAAAGGAGGAGUUGGAUGCGAGCCUGGCUGAAAUGAACCUCAACAGCGAGGAAGCAGCGAAAGCAAACAAGGAGAUCAUGGAAAUGGUCGACAAGGACGGGGACGGUGUGAUCUCCAACGUCGAGCUUUCUCAAGCCAAGGCCGAGAUGGCUUCCACUGCGGCCUGA